AUGCCCUCAACAUCAUCCUCUAUCCCCCCUGACCCUUCAUCAACGCACCUCCCGCCCUCGUCUGUCCCGCCAUACCUGCGCCAUCUGAUCGUCCAGAUACUGUUGAGAAAGGGGUUUGACGGAGCUGAAGCCGGCGCCCUGGGAGAAAUCGAACGAUUGCUUGAAAGGCACGUGGAGACAUUACUAGAGACGGCGAGGGAUUAUGCGAAUCUCUCUGGUCGGAGAGAGGUACAUGCUGGAGAUGUUGUCACGGCGCAAGAGUCAAGAGGGUGGGGUGUCAAGGGUCUCAAGAAAGAGACUAAACGGCGUCGAACCGCGCUAGGGAUAAAGACCACCCCCUCCCCUCCACCGUCUCCUUCAUCUUUGGAUCCCAUUCUUUCAGAUAUACUGCGGCAAGAGAUAUUGGAUGAACAAGACCUCAAGCCGCAUCUGUCUGGGGACGGGGAAAGCACAGAGGAUGGCGAGAGGAGACUGGAUUAUGCUCCUGGUUGGAUACCAUCUUUACCGCAUACAUGGACCUUUGAACCGCUGGAAACGGAAGAGGAGCAACAAGCCAAAAAGCCCGCUGCAAACCCACCAGAAGUCACCGGCUCUCUUCUUGACUUCAUCAAACUCACAGCCGCCGAGCGUGGCGAUAUCCCACCAGAGCUUGGUCUGGUAGAUUACAGAAGAGAACGCGAAGGGGCUGGUGGGAAGAGGGGCGCUGGACUCGAGAAGAGAAAAUGGGGCUUGAAGGGUGCUGGGGGGUAG